AUGCAGAAACACAUAAUUUUGUUUACAAUUUUCUUCCAAAAUUUAAUUUCAAUAUUCAAUUUUCCCUUAAUUUAUAAGAGCAUUGAUAUCAAUAUUUGAUGAUAAAUGCAAUUUUAAUAUCACCUUUUAAUAUAUACAUUUAUUAAUAUUAAUUUUAAAGAUUUCUACACCUUUGUUGAAGUUAAAGCAAUCCUUUUUCUAAUCUAUUUCAAAAUAUUCUUAUUUUUUCUUAUUUGCUCAAAAGAAGUAGAAUCAAUUGAAAAGGAAUUUCAAAUUGAAGAAAAUUUAAAUUAACAUCUCAUCUUUUGAUCAUCUUUAAAUUAUUAGAGAAACUAUUUCUUAAUAAUAAUUAAUCCAAAAAUACAUAAAUUUUCAUUCAGAAUAUUAACAAUAAGAAAGGAAACAAUUAUUUAACUCUUCAAUUGCAAGAGAAUUAAAUUAGACAGGUAUAGCAGUUUAUUUGGGUUUAUUCUAGGCUUAAAUCUAUAUUUUCAAAAUUGUCUAUCCACUAUUAAAGAUCACCUUUCUAAAACGAAAACGACUUAAAAAGAAUAUAUUAUCAAUUUAAAAAGGUUUUAUUAAUUACUUUUUGAACAAUAGAAAAAAGUAAAUUUCAGAUUUAUCAAUAGUGUAAUUUUUUAAAUGUGAAAAAUAUAAACAUGACAGUGUUUCAGCACUUAAUCUGCUCAUAAAAGCAACAGGUACUUUUAUAUUGUAAAUAAAAGGUUAUCAAAUAAGUAGUGAUAUCAAAAGAAAAUUUUUAAUUCAAAAAAGGAAGCAAUUAAACCUAAAUAUAAUUAUUGCUAAAAAAUCAAUACUAUAUUGUUAAUAAUUUAUGAGAAUAUUACUAGAACAAAAGUAUAUUAGAGUUGCAUUGCUUGUGCUAAUUCUAUUUGAGUUAGAUUUAACACUGAAUUACCUUCCUCAAUUAAGCUUUGUAGAUGUAUUGUAAAACAAAACUUAAAAAUCCAUAAAGGUUGAUAAAGUGGUAUUCCAAAAAUCUACAAAACUUUAGAAUUAGCUGUUAAAUUAAUUUAGAUUUUUUGUCGGAAUAAUAAAAUUCAAAUAUCAUUCCUUCAAUUAAAAAGAUAAGGGAUAUUUAAAGUUUUUUAAUAAAAAUAAAAUAAGAUCUUAAAAUCUAAAUAGAAUGAUUAAGUGAAGAGGCUAAACAAUUUAUUAAAGGCUUUAACUUUUCAGCUAUUAAAUCCAUUAAAAAAUAGCUAAAUCCCUAUAGCAAAGCAUAAAAUUAAUUGCAAACAAAUGAUAAACAUUAAAUGAAAACUAAAACAAAAAUAGAUUAAAAUAAAUUAGAAAUAAAACGAAAGAAAAAUAUCUAAUAAAUUUAGAAUAUGGUUGAAUCCAUUAUAGAUGUUGAAGCAUUAAAUGAGGAGUAGCAUAUGUAUAAAUUUUAUAAAUUAUUAUUUUUAGUUAAUAAGAUUCUCAAGUAUUGGCAUAAUUAUUUUAGUCAAACAUUAACUAAGACUCAUUAGAUCAUAUUAAAUUACAUGAAAAAGAUAAUUAAAGAAUUAGACAUGUCGAUGGGAAAAAAAAACAAAUGUUGGUAGAUUCUUCCGUGUGCCUAAAGAGAAAUAAUUAGAAGCAAAAAAUCAAAAAAGAUCUUUAAAAAAAAAAGCCUUAGAAGGGAAAAUGA